AUGCGGUCUCUUCUUCUAUGCUGUGCAUUUCUCGUAGCGUUAGCUCAAAGUGCUCGGCUUCCCAAACGUACGAAAUCAGUCUGGAAUGUGGAAAACUUCAAAUCUUUCGUUACUUUCGGCGACAGUUAUACGGAUGAGAAUCGGCUAAACUACUUUGCGACCAACAAUGGCUCCGCUCCUCCUCCGGGCACCCUUCUCCCGGAGAGCUUCAGUACUGCAGGUGGCGGUCGAACGUGGCCUCGAUAUGUGGUCCAGUAUACAGGCGAUAGCGUGAACGGUGAAUGGGUGCCACAGAUGACACUGUACAACUAUGCAGUAUCGGGCGCUGUAUGCUCUAACGAGAUCACACCGAGGUACUUCCCUGCCAUCAACGCCAAUUUUCCCUCCGUCCUUGAGUACGAGGUCCCAGCCUUUCUAGCAGACAAAGCCUCGGUCCGCAUCAACACGACUGAACCAUACUUUAACCCAGUCUUGACCGCCUCUGAUUCUGUCUACUCUCUAUGGAUCGGAACCAAUGACCUUGGCGUCUGGGCCUUCUUGACUAAUUCUCAAGUCCCCGGCAAAGUCCUCUCCGACUACACGUCGUGCGUUUACACCGUCCUAGACCAACUCUACGACUCUGGCGCGCGCAACUUUGUCCUGUUCAACAAUGCACCCCUGCAGCUCGCGCCACUGUAUGCGAAUGACACCCUGAACGGCACAGGACCCGGCCCAUACUGGCCCAACAAACCGGAGAAUCACACACAGAUCGCUGAAAUUAUGCACGAAUACACAACAUCCACCAACACGAUCUUCCGGUACCAGGCACCAUUCGAGGCCGUGAUUGCGAGACGAUAUCCCGGUGCCAAUUUCGCAAACUUUGACGUUUGGCAACUGCUGUCUGACAUCUAUCAUAACCCAACCGAGUAUCUCAACGGAACUCAGCCGGCGAACGUGUCGGGCUGGGAGAACCAUUGUCAGAUUGAUCGGACAGGCUGUGUACUUGAGUACAAAGGGACCAGCUCAGAUAGCUUUUUGUGGUAUGACGAGCUACACAAGAGUGAGCAAGCCGACCGUAUCAUUGCGAGGAACUUCGUGGAUGUGCUGAAUGGUGCUUCACCGUACGCAACGUAUUGGUCUGGACAUGGCGGCUAUUCAAAGAGUGGCAGAUAUCAGUGGUGA